GGAAGUGAAUAGCCCCCACAAAAUUCUCUAUAAAUAGUCAUUUUGUUCUUGUGCAAUCUACAUAAAUCAUCAUCUCCAAAGAAAGAAAAUAAACUCAAAAAAGAAAAGAGAAAUGUCGGACGUCUGCCAAGACACCGCAGGUGAAGGGAUGAAGAGCUCGUGGCCUGAAUUGGUGGGGAAAAGAGCAGAAGAAGCAAAAGAUAUAAUUGAUAGAGAGAAUACCAAAGUGAAGGCUGAGAUUAUAUCUGAAGACGCUAUUGUUUUGGCUGUUGUGGUUUGUGAAAGGGUUUAUGUUCGUGUCAAUGACUGUGGCAUUGUCACACAAACCCCUUUCGUCGGCUAAAUCAGUUAUUAUACACUCUGUUUGGGUGAAUAAAUAUGGAUCUUAUGCCUCUUUACAAAAAAAAGAAUAAAUAUGGAUCUUAUUAUGUAAGGUACUAAGGUAACUAACGUAUGUGUUAUAUAAGGUAUGGUUUUCGUGAAUAUUGUUAUAAGGAUUUGAGGCGUAUUAAAUGCCUCCAUUUGUAUUUUCUUAUUGUAACCAGAUUGUUGCAUUUGCUAUGUAAUUGGAAUAAUGAAAUUAAUGUA